AUGCCGGACCAACCUCCCCGCGCCCUCUUUUUCGACACGUUCGACAGACACAUCCCAACACCCGUGCUGGACCGUGCAUCCGCAUACACCGAAGCAGACUGGCUCAGCCUCGCCGAAGCAUGGCGUCGAUCCUACGGCAUAUUUACGCGAACCUUUGACCCAUCGACGAAAUUCAUCUCAAUCGACCAACACCACUACACCGCUCUAAAAGAACUGCUCAACGUACGCGGUAUUCUGCCUUUAUUCAACGAUGCAGAAUUAUGGGAUCUGACAUUUGCCUGGCACCGACUUGAUCCGUGGACUGAUAGUGCAAGGGGACUAGCGCUGCUGAACACUCAAUUCGUUACUUCGACUUUAUCGAAUGGGAAUGUCUCUUUGUUGGAAGAUUUGAAGAAGCACGGUUCGCUGCCUUUUGCGCAUUUGAUUAGUUCGGAACAUUUUGGCGCUUAUAAGCCUUCGUCGAAGGUUUAUCUGGGUGCUGCGGAGAAACUGGGGCUGAAGCCGGAAGAGUGUGCUCUUGUGGCUGCCCAUCUUAGGGAUCUUAGAGCUGCGAAGGAUUGUGGGUUUAAGGCUGUUUUUGUUGAGAGGGAGUUGGAGGAGGAUUGGGAAGUUGAAGAAGUUGCUAAGGCUAAGGCGGAUGGUUGGGUUGAUAUUUGGAUUGAUCAGGAUACUGGGGGUUUUGUUGAGGUGGCGAGGCGAUUUGGGAUUCAGGAGUAA